AUGGCUGAUUCUGUUCGAGGGGAUGGAGUGUUUAGGCUCAUGUCGGCCCUAGCAGCACUUGUCGAAAAUCCAGAGCGACUUGACCGUGAGAGGGAGCGGUUCAAUAAAUCUCCACCCGCGUAUAGAUCCAACUUUUCACACAACUCAACCCUAUCCCAGAGUCCUGAACUGCGCAGCGAGGAACGAAAAUGGCAGCUAAUAAGAGAGCGCUGGGCUUCGUUUGCUGGGACCCAAUUCAGCGAAGAACAGGAUGAAGAGAGGAAACGGAUCGAAGAAGCAAGUCUGAAUCGAACUGGCAGUGUUCCGAUAGGGAAGAGUUUCAGCGAACUUGCGGAGGAAAACGUCAAGGCGCGCUGGGUGGAGCAGGGUAUCUGGAACGAGAAGUGGAAGGAUUCCUGCACGAUUGGGAAGUGGAAGCACGAAGAACCAUCCGAGCUUGAGUCCGAAUCGGAGGCCGAGAGCGAACCUUCAUGUUCUCCGUUCUGCCCCCCUCCCCAGAGAGCAGAAGCGAAACGGGGACGGCCAAAGCGUGCCGAGGAGUUGCAACGGUCUGCGGAGCGACGACUUGUACGAGAGCGUGAACGCGAAGCGUCACGCCCAUUUCAUCAGUUCGUCUAUCAAGUGUCAAAAGAACGUGAACGAAUCCAAGCCGAGUUGAAUCCUCCCAAGGUUCCCUCCCUGUGCCCCUUUGAUUUUCACCUGACGUGCUACGGCACAGCUGAUUCUUACCGUCAUGUCUGGGCAGCGGACAGACAGGCCCAGGACGAGCCAAACGAGGAAAAAGCCAAUGCCGAGACUCCUCGCGACAUUAACUCGACGGCCUAUGAGAGGGUGAAGAAUAAAUGGAUAAAGAGAGGAAUAUGGAAUGGAAAAUGGGGUGUGCUGCCUGGGAUGUCCUGGAAGCAUGAACAGCCUCAAGAGGACAUGCUUCGCGAAGAGUUAGGUGAUGACCCUAUCUCUGUUCAAGCGAGCCCGCCUCGCGACAAUGGGUCCGAAACGAAACGAGUGUCUCCGCGGUCGAUAUCUGGGGCCCAUCUACCUGCCGAGGGGACUGAUGCUCUUGUCCAAGCAAGCCCGCCCGGCGACAAUGGGUCCGAAACGGAACAAGUGUCUCCCCGGUCGGUAUUUGGGGAUUAUCUACCCACCGAGUGGACCGAUGCCCUUGUUCAAGCAAGCCCGCCCGGCGACAAUAGGUAUGGAACGGAACAAGAACCUCCCCGGUCGUUAUUUGCGGAGUAUCAACCUGUCGAGUGGACUGAUGGCAAUGGAUACGGAACGGAACAAGCACGUCCCUGGUCGUUAUUUCCGGACUAUCGACCUGCCGAGUCGAAUAACCAAGCGUCCAGUAUCCAGGACGCGUCCCAGCAAGAAGAGCCACCGACGAGCACUGUUUCGGGGGUGCUUGAGAGCCACGGCUAUGGAACCGGGGGUGCCCCUUCGGGCCCAGUGACGGGUAGCCCAAACUCGUCUCCGCAAGACCUACUCCCGGCCCCUGGCCCCGAAGAAGUGCUGGAUAGCGACAUCAGCCACCCUUGCACUGCCUCGAAUUCACGACGCUCGGCGAGAAUAGUAGCUCGUCGACCUACCCUGUCGCAGGGACGACGAUCUGAGGACGGACAGGCUCUACAGAUGGCACGCGCUGCUCUUGGUCCAGUCCACUCGGCCAAGGUGUCCAAGUCUCGUCGAAAGAGCGCGCCUGGGCAGCGACUCCGACCGAAUGCCUCUGAAUUGCUGUCCGAGGCUCGUCAGUCUUCGCCUGGGCUAGACGUCCCCGCUCCCCCCGCAGCCGCAGCCCCUGCGCCGCUACGAAGGAGCAGACGCUUGCAGGAGGCCGCACACAAUGGUGGCUCUCAAUCAAGACCCGGGCAGACCAGUGCUCCUGAACCAAAGCCUUCACUUUCAGCAAGACCUCGGGGAGUAUCCAAGAGACGUUCAAGCACAGCUAGGCACAGGGCGAGAUAG